UCUGAUUUUUAUUUAAUAAACAUAUUUGUUUUUUUUCUUCUUUUAUUUCGUUAAUAUUUUUUGUUAGAAUGAGUUUGCCGAUUACGUGGAAUUACAUUGUUGGGCAAUAAUCGUGAGUAAAAUAAUAUAUUUUAUGUAUUUAUAUACAUUUCUAUAUUUUUUUGUUUUAAUAUUAUUUUUUGUAUAUUUGUAUGUAAGAUGUGGUAUGAUGACCAUCUUACUUGGGAACCGUCACAAUUUAACGAUGUUAAAUUCCUUCACGUAAUAAGUAGAGAAUUAUGGACACCGGAUAUCAUGGUGCACAACUCGUAGGUUGAUUUUAAUAUAUGCCAUAGUUUUAUCGUUUUAGAUUAUAUAUAUUUAUUUUUAUUUACAUUUUAUUUGUUUUUUUUUAAUCUUGCGGAUAGUGAAGUACACGAAAUACCAUUUGACAAUUGUUGGUUAACCAACACAGGUAGAGUCAAAUGUGUAUUUACAACUAAGUUUUCAGUAAGAUGUCUUAAGGAUUAUACCUGGUGGCCUUACGACGUACAAAAUUGUACCGUUCAAAUUGGUUCCUGGUCCUAUUCUAACGAGGAGAUUGAUCUUCAUGAAACCGGAGUACGAAAUAUUAUGAACGAAUUUCAAAAAAAUACGGAAUGGAAUGUGGUACAAACUAACGUUACUACCCACGUGGAACCUUCCAAAUUUGGGAUGAAUAUGACAUCUCAAAUAAUUUCUUUUAAUUUUAUCUUGAAACGACAUUAUAACGCUGUCCGUGCUAUUCACGUAUUAUUAAUUAUCAUAUUAAUAAUAAUGACGCUGACGACUCUAUGGAUGGAUCCAAAAUCUACUGAACGAAUAGUACUUGCUAAUUUAAAUUUCAUUUGUCAUUUGUUAUAUCCAGAAAUUUUUCUUUGGGAUAUGCCUGGAAUUGCUAUUGCAUCUGCGAUGUUACGUGAGUAUUUUUUCGUAUUCAUUUAUAUACAAAUAAUUUUGUUUUUAAUCGACAAAUUUAUAGAUCGAUUUUUUGUUCAUUUUUAUUUUUUCACAGUGCAACUUUAUGAAAAGUCAUUUGCUUUAGCAUGUUUUACUCUUAUCAUGACAAGUAUUUUACGACGUUUAUUAGAAUUAACUACAGAGACUCCUACAUGGAUCUCAAUGAGAAUUUCUACAAUUGUUAAGAGUAAAAUAGGACGGAUUCUUCUUAUUAGCAUUUUAGAUCCUAAAGCAUCCGCUGAAUUGGAAAUCAAAGCCGAAGAUAAUACUAAUCUUGUAAAUCUUAAGAAAAAUGAAGUAUCUUGGAAACACGUUGUGAUGCUUAUCAGUUGGAUAAAUUUUCUUUGCAUUUUUCUUGCUUACAUCAUUUUGAUUAGCAUAUAUUUUCCAACCGAAUCUUCUGGAAAUAAUAUUUAAGAUCUCAUCUGAUUAUUUACUUUUUAAUGAAUUUACAAUUGGUAGAUUACUGAUGAUUUGAUCUACUAAAAAAUUAUAUUCUACAAUAUUAUAUUUCACAAUCUUGAUACAG